AGAGACCGUAUAACCGGCGAGUCAGUCGACUAUUAGUGGUCUGUGACUCUGGAGGUAGCCCGACCACCGCAGAACCGAGCCCGACGCAGCUCGGUUGCGUUCGGUCGGUAGUCGGGGCCAGUCGGGCGCUCCACUGCUCUUUUCGGUCUGGUCGUUUUCCUCAGUCCGUCGUCGUUGCGCAUCGGGAACAGUUGCACCCUUUCUUUUUUUCGCUUAAAGACAUACAACGAAAUAGUCAAGCCAAUCUUUUUCGCGCUAUGUGACAGAUAUUACGGGGCACCAAGAGUGUACCCCGCCUUCUCUGAAUAUCAUUCCCAUCCUAUCCUUCCUUCUCUACCUUGCCACUACACAUUCUCCUUUGCCCAAAGAGAGAGAAAGAGCACACGUUGUAAACGCAGGCACGUACGUACGCAGGCACUCGCCGACGAAGGGGCCACGAGGGCCCCGUGGAAUCGUGCCUAGGAAAACAUGGAGUGUCCACAUCUUGCUCAAAGCGUCCAAUUCGGCGGUAACGACGUAGAAGCGAAUUGUACGAAGGAUCUACCGUUCGUCUGUGCAGUAUGUGGCACUGAGAAAAGUACGUGGCUCUGUCUGUACUGUGGAGCCAUUCACUGUGGACGAUACGUGGCAGGCCAUGCAUUACAGCAUCACGAAGAAAAUAAUCAGCACUGUGUUUGUAUCGACUGUGAGAACCUGGCAGUAUUCUGUUACAUGUGUGACGAGUAUGUAAUUAACGACACGACGAGCGGCCAAAUUGAGAAGAUACGUCGCGUCACAUUUCGCAAAGAUGAGCACAAGGAGAAUGAAGAGAAUUGGAACACGUCGCCGUCUACGACGCCGUCCUCGAGGAGAGAGAACAGUGACGAUAACGACGCGGACGCCCUGUGGAAAGCGGAAGUGGUCGUAAGGAACCUCCGACCGAGAACAGCGCGGAAGAGGCUACACUCGUUGGAUGGCACAAGCGGGGACAAUCGGCCGACGACCAAGCGUAGGAGCUCCAAGAUAACCAAAGAGAAGAAGGUCGUCGGCCUGAGAAAUCUCGGCAACACCUGUUUCAUGAAUGUUGUGUUACAAUCGUUCAACAACAUCAGCCAUUUUUGCGAGUAUCUCACGCAGAUGCCAUGCCUAGAGGGCAUACCAUUCGACGAGCCGCCCACACAUAGAGGGCGAAUCGUCACGCCCGGUCGAGCAAAAGAGUUUAUGAGUGACGCCUUACUCGCCGAAGAGCUCAGGAAGGUACUCCUUGGUUUGAAUCUUGGUGGCUCAAAUGGUCAAGCCAUUUCGCCCGAAUGCCUUUUCCUUGUCAUCUGGAAAGUCGUACCAAGAUUUCGAGGCUACCAACAACAAGACGCUCAUGAAUUUCUUACCUACAUGUUGGACAGACUGCACACCGAGCUCUUGCAAUUGUUGCCCAGACUGGGACACGAACCUCUCGGUCUGCGCGGCAAACAGAGCAUCGUCACAGCCGUGUUUGGAGGCACCCUUCUUAGCGUGGUCCACUGCAUGAACUGCCGUACAGAUUCCAAGACGCACGAGCCCUUUCAGGAUCUUUCACUGGAUAUACCGGACAGAUUGCAGAGACGAACGAAAGAACAGGAAGAAGUAUGCAGUCUCACGUACAGCUUAACGAGAUUCUUCAAAGUCGAAGAGCUGGCCGAUAGCGAACUAUACUUUUGUGACAACUGCAUGGGGAAACAGAGAUCCACCAAGAGGUUCUGGAUACACAGGCUGCCUAAUGUGUUGUGCCUUCACAUUAAAAGAUUUAGGUGGUGCAAUUCCUAUCGCUCGAAGGUGGACACACAGGUGGAUUUUCCGAUGAAAUCACUUGAUAUGUCUGCAUUUACGGUGCGUGGUGUGAGUGGAACGAAAUUGGGCGCUUCAAAUAGUCACUUAUAUGACUUAGCUGCCGUUAUUGUACACCACGGUUCAGGUGCUGGAACUGGACAUUAUACUGCCUUCGCUGUUCACGACGGACAAUGGUUUCACUUUAACGAUAGCUCUGUACGACCAGCAACCACGGACGCAGUCGCCAAGUGUAAACCCUAUAUUCUGUUUUACGUGCGGAAAGAAUUCUCCAUUCCACCUCCCUUGUGACGUCGUUUCCCCAGUCAGUCCCGUCCUGAUGGUGCGAGCUUCAACGACGAUGACCAUGAACGAAUAAAUAAGAAGUAAGAGAAAUUCGAACAGACGAAGUUGAAUGGUGCAUAUGCUAAAAGGGUCAAAUGGAAGAAGUUAGAAGACUUAGACAAGUUUCGCGAAGUUUCUAAAAGAGGAAGGAAGGAAACGCCCGUUUUCGAUUUUUUCGUUUAGUACGAUUAAAUAUAGACUUCGGGUAUGUUUUGUUAAUGAUAAGCGAUAAACAUGGAUUUCAAUCGACAUAUUUCUUAUAAAAAAAUCUCAACAUCGUAUAGUAUCUAGAUAUUACGACGUUUAGCACGAUGUACGAGUAUGAUAUUCGACUCCUAUCCUCAUAGUCGUUCGAAGCGAAACCAAACUUUCAUGUGUUCGUGAAUGAGCGACAAUUAAUUAGUUUUUAUUUAAUACGUAUCGUUUCUAUUGAUUUCAGUUCCUUUUCUUUUUCACAGUUAUUGAUUAAACGGUAAAUUGACUGAUAGACAAAAAUAACGUUAGCAAUGUAUGCUGUGCAUAUCGAUCAGUUGUUUUUGUGUACUCACGUGAACAUGUAAGGAUAUACAUUGCGUGAACCGAGAGCUUCCAUUCCUUUUUUAGAAACGGCAGAAGGAAGAAAAAACUAAGAACGAAAGAAAGAAACAGCGUACUCUCGAGGCAGAUCGCGGAAACGCAUUGCCUUUAAAGUUGGUUUCCUUUAUGCUCCUUUUCGCCGGUCUCUCUCGGUGGUCGUUGACCACCUCUCUUCAUCGAAUCGAUUAAAGCUCCUCCCGGCCACAUAGCGGAAUAACGCGUAAUGCGUACCUCGUAUAUAUAGUUUUAAAUUAAAACGAAAACGACUGGUCUUCUCGGUAGAUAGAUUUUUUUCUAGGCUUAGAGCGACAUCAUCGUUAUUUCGAGGGAGCUGGUAAGCGAAAAUACCAUAUAGAGCCAACCAACUCUAUUACUUCGAAAAACAUGUUACCUUCAUCCUUGGAUACUUAACACAUACACAUGUGCAGAUACGUCAUAUACCCAUGCGUACACACGACAGACCCAUACGUACAAUUAUCAUUCGAGCAUACACAUACGUGACUACCUAUACGCGAAUCGUUUACAUGUGUGUUGACAAAAUACACGUAUGUAAUGCAUGUAUGUAUAUAAACACGUUCUCUCUUAUUCCCUGCCACUCCUUUUUCCCCACGAUUCUCGACGGCUCGACGGCUCUUAUGUGAUUAUUUAAAGACUUAUUUUUUCUAUAAUGGUAACGAUAAUAACGAUAAUAAGUUAAAGAAAGCGUAGCGAAAGAACGUUUUAUUAAGGCGAUAAACUCGAUAAACGCGUAUCUUCAGCAAAGAUUCACUCGUAUGCAAAGAAGGGAAAGCAAAAAGAAUAAAAAAAGUAAAAAAAAAGAUGUAAGUAAGCGUGCAACACUAAUAUUGAGAAUAAAUGAGAUAUGUAUGAACGACGUAUAAAUAAAGAAUAUGAACGACGAUAUC